UUUGACCUGCCUAGCUUUCAAAAGCUCGACAAUCAAGCUGAACAGUUGCGAGGCUUGCGCUGAUCGAGGGCAUUGGAUGAAAUCCAGAACUCCAUCCCUGUAGAUUGAAGUUGAACAUCAGUCAAGUGCAAUGACAAAAGGUUGCAGGCUGAGUGCUCAGGAGGAAGUUAGGGAGUACGCGGGGCCGGACGUGGCAAGUACUUACUGUAAUACUUACAGCUCCACACGUUUGAAUUCAAGGAAAACUUUCGCAGAUGUUGCUGCUCCCCAGUUCAACUCUGAUGAGAGCUCCUGCCUUGCUACUGCACCAAUUGUCACAUCGAUUGCUGAUUACUUGCUCAAGCUACAUUACUUCCGCGCUCGAGCAGUUGUGGCCUCCUAACCUGCAAUCCCACGAGUGUCACCUCCUGGCAACAUCCUGCUCCACAAGCCUGCUGCAAUGCUAAACUCUGACCACAGUUCUUCUUAAGAUACAAGUAAGCAGCCAGGAUAGACAUAGAGGAGCUCCAAUGGCUGAAACACCACUCCUACUCCCCCAAAUGACAGCAGUCACAGAGAGCGGAAUCCAUGCCGGAGGCACAUUUCCCUCUGCUUUUAUGAGGAAUUGUGGGCAGGAAAACGUUUUGCUGCGCACAGGCGAGCCAGUCGUGUCCACUGACAAGAAGCGGCGUGUGAGGGAACGGCUGAAAGAAGCCGAGAAGCGGCUGCAGAAGAACCAGCCAGUUGCACUGAGGUGGAGAGAAGCAGGCAAGGCACUGAUGGUCAUUCUCGAGGACCUAACCGUUCUACAGUACAAGUUUACGGACGCCCGUGGCCCGCCGGACGUCCAAAGCAUCAAGAUCGAUCACUCCGUGGCGGACCAAUCCCAAGAGCGGCUUCUAUCAGCGGACAUUGGGGUCACGUGCCAGCUCAUGGUGGCCAGCACCCGCAAUGGUCGCCUCCUCCUCUUCGACGCGCGCAAGCACGAGCGGGGUGCUGCGGGCGACCACCUGGGCGCGUCCGGCACGCGCCUGCUGGAGGCCCUGACGGCCAGCUCGGUGGCCCUGCCCGGCCCCGCCUCGCGCGUGCGCAUUAAUUGCAGCAGUGACCUCGUGCUCGCGCAGUGCGGCAGCCACGUCGUCAUCAUCCACGUCACGAGCGGCCCCCAGGGCCGCAAGAGCGGCCCCGCCGUCCGCCAGAUGUUCCUCUCCCCGGAGGAGGCCGACAAGGCGCGCGCGCCCACCGUCACGGAUGACGUCAUCUCGUGCCGCUUCAGCCGCCACCUGCCGAACCGCGUCCUCGUCGUGCAGCGCGCGCGCGCGCAGGGGACCUCGCUGGAGUUCCUGGCGCGCGCGUUCGAGUACCGAGAAGCCGAGCGACAACUGGACUUGGUGACGUCAUCCACCGUCGUCGGCCUCGAGAGCAACGUCACCGCCGUUGCUUGGAGCCCAAGGGAAGAUCAGGUUGUUUUGGGCACGCGCGACGGGGGCAUCUUUUUGCACGACCUCGGACGGGGCACGCUGCGGACGGUGCCGGGCUGCGGACGAGGAGAGGUCGACUUGCUAACGUGGCAUCCGGACGGCGCCCUGAUCGCGGCCGCUUUCGGCAACGGCGAGGUUCUGUUCUUGGACGGUGCGCUACAGCGGACGGAAUUGGAGUCCGAUCUGAAGCCGGCGCUCGAGAGCCUACACCUGUCCAAAGUGCACGGGUUUAAGUGUCACGUGGCGCUUUUCGAGUGGGCCGUUCAGCCGGCAAAGCCGGCGCCGGACUCCGCCGAGGGGAGUUGCCUGCACGCGGCGCUCGUGAUGGAGCGGGGUCCGGUAGACGUGCUCCGCUUUCCGGUCCGGAGUUCCGGCGGAAGACUGAGGGCGAGGGACGUCGUAAAGCACUAUAUCGAGGACGGAACGCCGGAAAAGGCACUCGAAGUCGCGGCCGCCCUGCCCGAUGCUCUCGAGCGCUACCACUGCCUGCUCCAGAUCCUGCCGGCCCUCCUGCGCCAAACCCUCAAACCCCGCGCGGCCGACGCGCUCCUCGACCGCGCCGCGCAGAUGAUCGCUUCGCCCACGUGGGAUGACGUCAGCCCGCAGCAGCGGGAGGCGCUCCGCGCGCUGGCGCGGCGGUACGGCCAGAGACUGAUCCGCGCGGGGUGCGCGGAGCGCGCGUUUCGACUGGGAAGAAAACUGGAGGACGACGCUCUCCUUUCGGACGUCCUCGUUUGGGCCGUCCGAAACGACGAGGCCCCGCUUGCGGACGCUGUGAAGCGCCUCAUUGUGCAACCGGCUUUGGGAAACCGGGACGCCGGCGGCGGUCCGCUUUCCGCGGCCGCGAGCUUGCCGACACCCUCCGAGUUCCGCGCGUUAAGUGCAUUAGCUGUAUGGUAAAGUCUGCUGUCCUGUACAGCGCGUCUUGUGUCAGUCCGUUGUCUUGGCAACUAUAGUACAAGUCUGCAAGAGGAGAAAGGCUUGACAAAAGCCCACAAAUUAUAUGUUUCGGAGGGUUUGGUCGUCAUCCGAGUCGCCUUUCAGGUGAAUGAAACAUAGCGGCGAUUGCGAGUGGCCCGCUUUAAGAAAUCAACUGGUUUUGGAGGGUUGACGGAGAACGCAAACAAACACGAGUUUUUUGCUCCCCUAGAGAAUGUACUAAGAGGAUGUGGGAGUACUCGUGUAGAAGGGCGCAGACACUAGGGUGCCGGGAUGUGACGGGCGAGGCUCUCUAGCAUGUGGCAGAGGGCCUCGCACUGUCGGCUUCCCCGGGCCAGAAUGAAGAGGGUUCUUUCAAUCGUGGUCGUGAUUUCCUAUCCGCCAGAGCAUGUAUGGCCCAGAAGACGUCCAGGAAUAGAUACUUCAGCGGGGCCCGCCAUCAUGCCACUGGCCGAACUUUUAGUGGCCCUAAGUUCCCCU